CUAGGGAAAUUCUAUAGUUUCUGUUUCAUAUAUUAAUAAUUUAUUUUGGGUAUCAAAGAAACAUUAACUAUUGUUUAUUAAAGUAAGAUAGAAGUAAUUUUAUUUUUUUAAUUCUAUCUCACACAAUGAUUGCGUAAACGGAAAUAUAACAAUUACUUACAAACGACCACUUUUGAAUGACCAGCUUUGAUGAUGGAUUUAGAAUUUUUGAUCAAUAAUAGUGGAUUUCAAUUCAAUCAGCAUUUUGGAUUAGUAGACUGGGAUAUCCUUAACGCUGUUGAAGUCGAAAAAAUUGUUCAAGAAACUGACCUAAAGACUCUUACAGCACUAAUUCCAAGUAUUUUAAAUUACAACCCUGAAAAAAUAAGCCCAACAAAAAAAAUAUUUCGUUUAUCACAACUAGUAAUUGACUUAUUAUUGAUCUACAUAAAAAAAACAACUUUUAAAAUUAAUGAAAUAUCUACUCAAAAUAUAUCAAAAAAAGAGUGUAAUGAAAUGCACACAAACAAACUAAUUUAUCGCUUAUUACAAACGCCUGGAGAUAAUACUAUGCAAAUACAAGAAAUGCAUUGGAGUAAUAAGUACAAAGACUUGGAAGAUCGAUAUACUAAAUUGAAAAAAGAUAUUUCUAUAGCCAAAACUACUGAUAUGAAUCACAUAAUUAGUGAUUAUUGUCAAAAUUGCAAUUUUAUUAGAGUUGAAAACUCAUCAAUUGGUACUCAAACUGAAAAUUUAGAUGACUUAAAAUUGAAUACUAAAAAAUGCCAGUCUAAUUUACCUCAAAGUUAUGUUGAUUUAAAUUUAAAUAAGGUAGACAGAAAAGACAAAACAAUAAAAAAUUUAACAGAUAAUCUUCAAUGUAAUAUUGAUUUAAUAGAAGAAUGCAAUCAAUGGUAUUUGAAUGAUAAAUUGGAUAUAGAUUAUUAUGAGUUGAACAAAUUAAGAUUAGAAGCUCGCAUGAAUUUUGUUGAAGAUAACAUUAUUGAAAAUCAUUCAUUAUUAUAUUUCAACAGCAUGAAACUUGAAAUCAUAUUGGGAAAUUUUCAAUUUAAUGAUGACAAUGUAUUGCUAGAUUUAAUUAAACAAGAUGUAAAAGAUAUUGUAAAUAAAAGAAUAAAAAGUCAUUAUGAGUAUGAAAAUUUACAGAAAAGUAUUAUAAACCAACAAGACUUCAAGACUGUUGAAAAUUCUGUGGAGUUGUCUGAGAACAAGGCAAUUGAAAAACAAAUUCUUACAAAUAAAAAAAAUUACCAAAUAAAAAAUAUAAAAAAGAAAACUAAAAAUUUGAGAAAAUUUUUUUUUUCAAAAAAAUAAAAGAAAAAACUGAAUAUUUCUGUAAAUGUGUGUAUUUUAUGUUGUGUAAAAAUAGAUAUUUUUAUUUUUUCAUAAAGUUGUUAA